GCAACCCAUUGACACUUCCGGUACAGAGAAACGUCACCAGCACAACAUACAUGAGAAACGCUGUGCUGAGCUUUUUAUGUCAUUUAUCCUCACCCCCGCUGAUGGGAAAUUGAAUAUGGCCUUACCAUAUUUUUGAAUGUGUUAUUAAUAUUAUAUCUUGACACAUUGUCUGUCUGCAAUAGCUCUCUGGACACCGUUUUUGUGUUUAACCUUGGCGGCUAUUCCCAUGCUUGCUAAGGCUGGUUUAACUUUCAUUAUAACCAACAUAAGUGCACCUUAGUGAGGAAGAUGUCACUCUUGUGCCGCUGUCUAGCUUUACCGUUCAAGAUCUUGACACAAGGCCCUGUAUAUCAAACCCCUUUACUUACAUCGAUUCGGACCAGAUUUACCAAAUCACGGAUUCCUAGUGCGCUAUUUGAAGAGAGGUCCAAAGAACAUUUGAAAUAUGGGGGUGAUCCAACUCAACCCCAUAAACUUCACAUAGUGAUACGUGUGAAGAGUACAAAGAGACGUCCAUACUGGGAGAAGAAACUGAUUAAAGACCUUGGUCUUGAAAAGGGACAAAUCCCUGUUGUUCACAAAAACACACCUGCAGUCAAUAGCCUGUUGAAGUACGUCAAGCAUCUUGUGAGCAUACAGCCACUCAAGACACCGUAUGGACUCCCUGCUGAAGAAGACAUGGCAGACUCGUACAUCAACAGCAAAGGAGAGUUGAUUGUGCGACGCCUCCUCAAGCCAAUAGAGCCCAAGGCUAUUGAAUCUUAGCUGUGCUCAGUACACGCUCACAUUGAAGACGUGUUAUGUUUAUAUAUACACAUUAUGCCCAUGAGAAUCCACUCCCAAUCAAGGGGCAAUGUGUUUUCUUAAAGAAAAAUAAAAUGUUGAAUCUGUAUAGUUUCUGUUUACCUGGGGGGGCCGGGGGACAAAUAUUUCAUAGCCACAGAAGGAAUGAAGAGGGAUCAACAAGAACACUUCUCAAUCACGUUUUAGCAUUUUAUUAAGCAGAUGGAUAAUUAUGAACUCCUAACAUGAAUAAGCUUUCUCAGACAUGCAAUGGAACCCAUGUUCUUGUUUAUUUUUUCACAUGAAGGUUUUUGCGUCGCAUAUUGGCACUGGGGGUUCGGUUUUUCACAGUCACCCAUUAAUCCUUGGUUCAAAUAGGGGUCCAAAUUAUACAAAAUACAUUUUGGGUACACAAUCACUUGAAUAUUGCCUGAAAUGUAAUUUGCACUGAAUAAGCCGAACUCUUUAACUGCAUGCACAGAUAAAGCCAAAAUAAUUUAAUCAAUACCAUGGUGGGAUUGCAAUAAGUUAGGAGAAUAUCAUAAGGUUCUUGACUUGUUCCACCAACCAAGAAAACCAACACCAUCAGGGAGAAAUCCUCUACAUUUUCUAUAGAAUUUGGUUGACUUCUACAACCAUUUGAAAGAUGAAUGUAAAAAAAAAAAAAAAAAA